AUGUUUGGGAUCAAGAAACCUCAUUUCCAUAGACCUACCAAACACAACUCGGUUGACCCUGGAUUCCCUGGUCAACAUGCUUCAAACCCAUUCGAUUCCGAUGAUGAAAUUGACAAAAAGUCAACACCAAAUCCUGCAAGGAGAACUUCAUCUGAACCUUCUGUACUUACCCAAGAUUCCCGAGCUGCUCUUUUUGAUGAUGAUGAUGAAGUUAAAGGAUCAGGAUACAAACUCAGUUAUGCCUCAAGAAACAAAUAUAAGAAUGAUUUUGUCGAUUCUGGUGGAAUUGAGAACCAAGAUGUACAAGAACUAGAACAAUAUGCUGCAUAUAAGGCUGAAGAGACUACAAAAACUGUGAAUAGUGCCUUAAAGAUUGCAGAAAACAUAAGAGAAGAUGCUACCAAAACUAUGAUCACUUUGCAUCAACAGGGUGAGCAGAUCACUCGGACUCACAUGACUGCAGCUGAUAUAGAACAAGAUCUUAGCAGGGGUGAGAAGCUGUUAGGAAGUCUUGGGGGCAUUUUCUCAAGGACCUGGAAACCUAAGAAGGGUCAUGCAAUAAAAGGGCCUGUGAUUACAAGAGAUGAUCCCGCACUUCGAAAAGGUGCCCAUUUGGAACAAAGAGAAAAACUUGGACUUUCAACCACCCAAACUAAAGGACACUCGCAUUCAAGAACACCACCCUCUGAACCCACAAAUGCAUUGCAGAAAGUUGAGUAUGAGAAAACAAAGCAAGAUGAUGCCCUCUCGGACUUAAGUAACAUACUUGGGGAACUCAAGGAAAUGGCUGUUGACAUGGGUUCAGAGAUCGAAAGGCAAAACAAAGCUCUUGAUCCUCUUCAAGAUGAUGUGGAUGAACUGAAUUUCAGAGUUAGAGUCACAGACACCAUCACCACCACCACCACCACCAUGAAGACCUCAUUUUCCGGCCAUCAGGUUCUAGCAGCUGCCUAUCUAUGCUGCCUCAUUGCAACGACGUUACAAGCUCCGGUGAACCAUCGUGAAGGCAACCACAACCACCAUCCUCAAGGUUCAAGAACAUCUACCAUGUCUUGCUAUUGCCUACGAUGUCGACUGCUGUUCAAGAAUCUAUCUGAAGAGAAGGAUACAAGAUUUGGCAUAGAGAAGAGACUAGUUCCUGGGGGACCCAACCCUCUCCAUAACUAA